UAUAUUCAUCGAUCUAUAUACUUCUCUCAUUCAUGGCUACCCAGCAGAUUGUUUUAUUGUUCACGGUUUGUCUCUUAAUCAUAACAGUUGGUCUAACCCUAAACCCAUCCGACCUAAUAGGCUUAGGGCUCGAUGGGAGACUCACCAACCAUCCUUCCCACGUUAAAGCAGUUUCAUCUGAUUUCGGUGGGGUCAAGACAGCCGAGCCAUUAGCGGUUCUUCAUCCGGCAUCAGCCGAUGACGUGGCCAGGCUUGUCAAGGCGGCGUAUGAAUCUACUCAUGGCUUCACCGUCUCCGCUAGGGGACAUGGUCACUCGAUUAACGGUCAGGCUCAGACGUCUAACGGAGUCGUGGUGGAUAUGGGCGCGGCGGCUAGGGGACAUAGAUCGAAAGUUUUUGAGGAGUUUAUGUAUGUUGAUGUGUGGGGUGGAGAGCUAUGGAUAGAUGUGCUCAAGUCUACUUUAGAGUAUGGACUCGCACCAAAGUCGUGGACUGAUUACUUGUAUUUAACGGUUGGAGGUACACUCUCUAAUGGUGGGAUUAGUGGUCAAGCUUUUAAUCAUGGACCUCAGAUUAACAAUGUUCAUGAGCUCGAUGUUGUCACAGGCAAGGGGGAACUAUUGACAUGUUCUGACGAGACGAACUCUCAACUUUUCCACGCUGUCCUUGGUGGACUUGGUCAGUUUGGAAUCAUCACUAGGGCUAGAAUUUCACUUGAACCUGCCCCCCAAAUGGUGAGGUGGAUCAGAGUUCUUUAUUCAAAUUUCUCUGCUUUUACCCAUGAUCAAGAAUAUCUCAUCUCCUUGCAUGGCCGACCCGACACCCAUAAAUUCGACUACGUCGAAGGAUUCGUCAUCGUCGAUGAAGGUUUAGUCAACAACUGGAGAUCGUCUUUCUUUUCUCCGGCGAAUCCCGUUAAGAUCUCGUCGAUUAAAGCCAAAGGCGGCGUCUUGUAUUGUCUUGAGAUCACCAAGAACUACCACCAAUCCGAUGCUCAAACCAUUGAUCAGGAAGUUGAGGCCCUAAUGAAGAAAUUGAAUUAUGUACCGGCUACAGUCUUUAGCACGGACUUGCCCUACGUGGAUUUCUUGGACCGGGUUCACAAGGCCGAGUUGAAGCUCCGGUCGAAGGGGUUAUGGGAUGUACCACACCCUUGGCUUAAUUUGUUUGUCCCCAAAUCAAAGAUAGAUGAGUUUGAUAAAGGAGUUUUCAAGGGUAUUUUGGGUAAUAAGACCAGCGGACCAAUUCUCAUCUACCCCAUGAACAAGGACAAAUGGGACGAAAGAACAUCAGUGGUCUUGCCAAAAGAUCAAGUCUUUUACCUAGUGGCUUUCUUGAGAUCAGCUUUAAGUGAUGGGGACGAAACGCAAACCCUAGAAUACCUAAGCAAUCAAAACCGUCAAAUCUUGAGUUUUUGUGCUGCUGCUGGAAUCCAACAUAAGCAAUAUUUGCCUCACUAUACCACCCAAGAAGGAUGGAAGGAACACUUUGGAGAUAGAUGGCCACAAUUUUAUAACCGUAAAAUGGAGUUUGAUCCUCGACAUAUCUUGGCCUCCGGACAACGCAUAUUUAAGCCGUCUUUUAUAUCGAAUAUUGCAUCUUAUUGAGCCAAAUUAAACGAUUAGUGGUCUUGAUUAGCAUACUAACCCUAAUGUGGUCCUUGUCAAUUCCAAGUCUUUAAUUUUGUACAUAAGGAAUGAUAUGGUGAAUUAGAAGAAGAAUUAGAUACAUAGUAUUAUUUUGCCUCUUUUAUUAUAAUAUAAAAGAGACAAACUUUAAUAUUGA